UCGAAUUUGGAAAAUCGAAAAAAAAUAUUUCAAAUCUUGCGCCAUGUAUCCUAUGUACAAGGACAACAGCCAGCACCCAAUCUAAGAGAAUAUUUCUAUUACAUUGAUCAUCAGGGAAUGUUAUUUCUUGAUGAUUCAAAAAUGAAAAAUUUCACAUCGUGCUUCAAAGAUAAAGAUUUCUUAGUAUUUUUCUUCAAACGACUUCGAAAAAAUACCACAGACCGAUACAAAGAAUUUCCAUACCUUUCUCUUUGUGGCCGAGAAAAAAAUUAUGUCAGAUGUGACGAUCUUCCAAUAGUAUACACUCAUGUCUUGCCGAUAGAGAAUCAAGAAAAGCAAUAUCUAUUAUCUUAUGCUCAUGCUGGACCUUUAUUAACUGAGAAAUUUGAACCAAAUAAAAUAUAUAUGUGUCCAAAAUCUGGACGUGUUUAUCAUCCAGCCCAUGAGAAAGUAGGAUCUAUUGGACUGAUACGAUCUAAAUUAGCAAUAGAAUUUAGUAAAUACUUUGAAUUUAAAAAUGGUGAAGAGAAUCCUCCAACACAUUUUACAUGGGAUGGUAAAAGAUAUGAAUUAGAUUUAUCAUGGUAUAAAGCUAUAAUGGAGAAAUCAUAA